AUGACUGUCCCAACAACUACAACUUCUGCAAGUCCAUGUACAUUUGGUUCGAGCAGUACAGCAGCUGCACCUACAAGUACACCAUUUGGUGAUGAUGGUACUCCUGGAAAAUUCGGAUUUAGUGCAGCACUAGCUGCAACAACAACACCUGCUACUGGCACUACACCAAGUUUGUUCUCAUUUGGAUCAAAAGCUGCAGAACCUACUAUACAACCAUCUUCAUUUACAUUUGAAUCAACUAGUACAACUCCAGUCACACAACCAUCUUUUACAUUUGAAUCUACAAGUACAGCAACACAACUAUCAACAUUCUCUUUUGAAAGAACAACUACGACUACUUCAACUCAACCUCCAACACUCACAUUUGGUUCAAUACCUGCUGCUGCUACAGCUCCAAUUACAACAACAUCUUCAUUUACAUUUGGCUCAAGUUCGUCUACGACGACACCGUUUGGUACUACUACUGCUGCGCCAACAUCCUUUGGAACAACAGCAACUUCAACGAGUUUUCCAUCGUCAUCUCUUUUUCUUUCAAGCAAUCUAUCAACAACACCUUUUGGAUCAACUGCAACAACAACUACAAAUGCACCGACAUCAACUCUAUUUUCGUUUACUGGUGCUCCAACAACCACAACUUCAACAACCACAACUUCAACAACAACAACAACAACAACAACAACCGUCACUCCAUCAACUAGUCUUUUUUCGUUUGCUACUCCUUCCAAUAGUACUAUUGCUGCAACUGCUACUAAUACUAAUGCUAUUGCUCCAUCGAUAUUCUCUAUCUCAACAACACCCGCUGUCACACAAGUAUCGACUACAACAUCUGCUCCAACUUCAACACUUUUUCCUUUUGCUAUGCCAUCAACAACAUCAUCGAGUUCGACAAUAACACCAUCAUUGUCAUUCUCUACUCCAUCUGCUGCUACAGCGACAACUUCUACAGCUGCUUCUUCAGCGGCUCCGUUGUUUCCAUUGAUAACACCUGCUAUAAGUACAGCUCCUACUGCUGCUUCUACUACGGUGACUCCUUUCACUUCAUUAAUACCUUCUACAACGACAACAAUAACAAUCGGUAGUACAUCAAGUGCUCCUUUGUCAUUUACUACUUCAACAACAGCAUUAGCAACACCCAUUUCAGCUGGUUUUCUUUCUGUACCAGCAGCAACAACUACAACAUCAACUUCAUCAUCAAAUAAUGCUAUUUCGACUCCAAGUGCAUCAAGUAGUUCUACAUUUCCUGCUGCAUCAUCAUCAUCAACAACAACAACAGCAACUGGAUUUUUAGCACCUACCACAAAUAGCACGACAGCAACGGCAACUACUACUGCAGCCACAUUACAACAACUAGUACUGGUCUUGGUGGUUUUUUUUGCUCCUCCAUCAACAGUUACAACAACUAGUACAUCAACUACAAGUACAACUAGUUUAUUUACAACAGCAACAUUCGGAUCUAAUAGUAUUAUUCAAAAGUCAAAAGAGUCAUCUGAACCAAUGGAUCAAUUAUUACCAUCACAGUUAAAUGAUCUUGUUGAAAAUUUUAUUAUAAUGUUAUGUGAAACUGAACAAUUACUAACUGAUAUGGAACAUACAUCAACAAGCAAAUUUGUUAAUGUUCAUGAACAAAUUGUUCGUGUACAACAACAUGUUUUAGAUAUUCAAAAUGAUGUUCAAAGAGAUGAAGCUACAUUUGCUCAAAUAAAUCAAGCAUAUCAACAAGAACUAUAUAAUGCAACUAUAUGUAAAUAUCUUCGAUCACUUCCAUUAGGUGCUGAUAUUGAAGAUCGUGUUGUUGAUAAUUAUUUAAUACAAAAAGUUGAAGAUAUUAAACGCUGGAAUAAAGGUGUUUUGGGUGAAAAUGAUGAUGAAACAACAAUUAGUAGCUCAGCAAGUCAACAAUUUGGAAGUACAACAGUUAGUUCAUCAAUAAAUAAUCGUUUAUCUCGAUUAAAUAUAAAUCGAGAUCAAGAUCAAGAACAUAUGUCUGAUAUUGAAGGACGAACAGAUCCUGAUAGUGCACAAAGUGAAACUGGUAAAGAAGAAAUUCGACAAAUAUUUGGUAUAUCACAUGCGUUGGAAACAUUUGAUGAUUGUAUAGAAAUAAAGCAAUUGAUUAAUCAAGAUACGGCAUUACCCGUUGAUGCGCAAAAAGAUAAAAUAUUAUCAAUUAUUGAAACAAAUUCAAUAACAAUUAUUCAAGGAAAAAGAGGAUCAGAAAAAUCUACGCAAAUUCCUCAAUAUAUUUUAGAUGAUUAUGUUAAAUAUUCAAAAUCAGUUAAUAUUGCUGUAGCACAACUACGAUGUAUUGCUUCACGUUCACUUUGUGAAUAUAUAUCACGUUCAAGAAAUUGA